UACUCUAUCCGCUACCAGCGACGAAUUUCCUUACAGAUCAAUCAAAACUCGAAUCACAGUCCUCUGUUAAUGGCGGACCACCGUCGCCAUAGAUAACGAGCUCCAGCCCAAACUCACUGCGCCACACCUCCAGAAUUCCUUCGCCCUAGCUUCGUCCACAUGGCUGCGUCGCUGCUUCUCCCCUCCUGUCCAUCCUCAUCCUCCUCCUCCUCCUCCUCGCACCGCACCUGCUUCCUCGGCCGCAGAGAUUCCUUCUCCGACGACUCGCGCUCCACAACUUCCAUCCGUUAUACCUUCAAGUGUAAUCUGCCUGAAUCGGGCAGAUAUGGUAAUGGAAAGCCAAUAAUUCCUAUUCUUAAUGAACGUAGUCUGCCGGAGUUCUUGGAAUCGGCUAGAAUGGGGAGACCAAUCGACAGAAGCAAUAACCGUUUGAAAUUGUUCUCUGGUACUGCGAAUCGUGCACUAUCUCAGGAAAUUUCUAGGUAUAUGGGUUUGGAACUUGGAAAGGUUAACAUUAAGCGAUUUGCUGAUGGAGAAAUUUAUGUCCAGUUGCAAGAGAGUGUGCGGGGAUGUGAUGUUUACAUAAUACAGCCCACUUGCCCUCCUGCAAAUGAGAAUCUCAUGGAGCUUUUUGUUAUGAUAGAUGCAUGUCGGAGAGCUUCAGCAAAAAACAUCACUGCAGUUAUCCCGUAUUUUGGAUAUGCCAGAGCUGAUAGAAAGACUCAAGGUCGUGAAUCUAUAGCAGCCAAACUUGUUGCUAAUCUUAUAACAGAAGCAGGUGCAAAUCGUGUUCUUGCUUGUGACCUCCAUUCUGGACAAUCAAUGGGCUACUUUGAUAUACCUGUUGAUCAUGUAUACUGUGAGCCUGUGAUUCUAGAUUACCUUGCCAGCAAAACAAUUUGUUCCAAUGAUCUGGUUGUGGUUUCUCCUGAUGUUGGCGGAGUUGCAAGGGCUCGUGCUUUUGCCAAAAAAUUAUCUGAUGCUCCUUUAGCCAUUGUAGACAAAAGGCGGCAAGCACACAAUGUUGCUGAGGUGAUGAACCUAAUUGGUGACGUGAAAGGAAAAGUUGCUGUCAUGGUGGAUGACAUGAUUGAUACUGCUGGGACUAUUUCAAAAGGUGCAGCUCUUUUACAUCAAGAGGGUGCUAGGGAAGUUUAUGCCUGCUGCACUCAUGCUGUAUUUAGCCCCCCGGCGAUCGAGAGGUUAUCGAGCGGGUUGUUUCAAGAGGUAAUAGUUACGAACACGAUUCCAGCAAUCACAGAGAACUACUUCCCUCAGUUGACAGUUCUUUCAGUAGCAAACCUGUUGGGUGAAACCAUUUGGCGAGUUCACGACGAUUGCUCUGUGAGUAGCAUUUUUAAAUAAAACACCAAAUUAGAGUGAUUCAUAUAAUAUUAUACAGCCUUCUGAAACAGAUACUAAAGGAAUAUUCAUGCCUUUUUUAAAAUCAUCCAUUCUUAAUUAUUGGUUCUGGUUCUCUGUUACAAUAAUUUCUUUUAGUAAUUCCUAGACGGGAGUUUUGCUCUAUAUGACAUAAUAAAGUUUUGUAAUUUUAUAUUUUCA